AUGGAUUUGGUAAGAGAAAUAUGCAACUCUGCAUUAUCUAUUAGAAACACUUUCAAUAUACGUGUCAGACAGCCACUUGGUAGUAUGACCGUUUAUCAUCAGUCCUCCUGCAGUUUUCUUGAAAGUGAGCCACUUUCUGUUGUUAUUCCAAAAUUCUCUCCUGUCAUCCCAAUGCGUGACACUGGGACCCAGAAAGAGAAGAAAUGGUCAAACGCCGAGAUGAAAACGAGCAUGAAUGAAUACCAAGAGAUGAUAAAAGAUGAAGUAAACGUGAAAGAGCUAAAGUUAGUAAAUAGCCUUGAAGGUAUUGCAUCAUUGGAGUUGAAACUAAACUUCCCUAUGCUUGGGAAAAGAAUUCCAGACAAGGUCAAGAAACUAGUUCAAUAUGUCAAGGAGGGGAAAUGGAAGCAAGUUGAUAAUGAGCAAGUAUUUUUAGGCAAUGAGUCAGAAAGCUACAUUAUAGAGAAAGACGAAUAUGAGCUAUUAUUAAAGACGAACAGUGAAUACUCUUCUGUGUUUGGUGACAACAAAGGGAUUUGUAUAGAUACAAAAGGAAUUGAAGGAUGA